AGGGGCGCGCAGGAUGCGCGGGGCUUUCCCGAGGCUCUGCUUGGCGCUGCUGGCGGCGGAGCGUGGCGCGCGGCUCUGUGCCAUCAUCCACUACCUUGUCCGCGGGCAGCUGGGCUGGUUUGGGCUGACGGUCGCCUGUGUGGUGCCCGGCUACGUGGCUCAGCUCCUCAGCAUCCUCUGGUUCAGAGCAGAUGGCCGCCCGCCUGGCUGCUGGCUCCUCGUGCUCCACCUCCUGCAGCUGGGCCUCUGGAAGCGGUACUGGGAUGUUCUGUGGAUGGUGGCACAGAUGGGAGGCAGUGCCAGUGCCGGGGAGGUGCUGAUGCAGCAUGGGGAUGUGUGUGUGCUGCAGCUCCUGGAAGCCCUGCUGAAGAUUCUGCCUCACCUCCUGCUGCAGGCAUACAUUGUUGUGGCAGCCGACCCAGCGGGCUUUGUCCCUGGUGUCAGCGCAGGGCUGUCCCUGCUCUCCCUUGCCUGGGCUUUGGUCUCCUACAGCCGCUUCGCCUGCCUGCUCAAGCCCGGUCACCUCUGCCCGCUGGCCGCAGCCAUCCUCUGCCUGCUGCUCUGGAGGACGGGGAUGCUGGGGACCAGGGUCCUGGCCCUGGUGCUCUUUGCCAGGCUCUAUUCCUUUUGGGUUUUUGCUGUGGCAGGCGUCCACUGGUUGCUCAUGUCUUUCUGGCUGGUGGCCCAGCAGACAGACAUUGUGGCCCAGCCCUGCCGCUGGAGGCUGUUCAAUUGCCUGAUGGGAGCUGUGUACAUCUUCUGCUACAUUAAUGUCCGACCUGGCCCCUCCAAGCACAGGGUGGCUGUAUUUUAUGCAAUAAUGCUGAUGGAAAACAUCCUCCUGCUGCUGCUGGCCACCCAGUUCCUGCAGGCAGAGCUGAGGGACAGCCUAUGCGUGACUGGAGCCGUCAUGUCAGGGUCUGUAAUAGUUGCUGCAGCCCUGGUGGUGUAUUACAGCCUGCUCCAUCCCAAAUCCACAGAUAUCUGGCAGGGCUUCCUGGGGACAACCUGCAGCACUGCAGCUGCUGGUGAUGACAAGAUUGCUGGAGGCAGCUCCCAGGAUGGGCAGAGUUUGGGAAUUUCUGGAGAUGGAGGGUCCUUGGCAGGGACAGGGACCACGGCAGAUCCCAAAAGUAGGCAUGGCUCAUCGCUCCUGCAAUUCAGAGGGUGUUUGGAGGACAGCUGGACAAACCAUCACCACUAUUUGCUGGUGAAGCUGGCCCUGAAGACGGGAGAUAUGUCCACAAUCAAUGCAGCUUUUGGAGAUGGUGGCGUGGGAGAAGUUUAUCCCAGCACACGGAUGAUGGGGAAACCCACUAGUAUGGAGCCUGAAGCAAAACUUUCGCUCCCCACAAGGGAAAUGGCUCCUGGGGGUGUUGAAUGUGGUCUGACUGAUGGGAAAUGGCAGGCGGUGGGGAAUGGAGGAGGCAGCAAACCCAGCACUGGCACUGUGAGAACAGCACAGGAGGAUGGAGCAGGGCAGGAGCCUUGUUUCCCCCCAGCCAUAUCCUUGUUUCCCCCCAGCUUCUCCCUGGAUCCAGCCGAGGGCUCUUCUGUAUAUAUCAGCGCAAGUGCAGGAGGCAUCAUCUUGCCCAGUGUGGGGCCAGUCCCAGCUACGAGCAUGGCCCUGGUGCAAAGGGACAGCGGAGCCCAUGCUCCUCCAGGCUGCCUGGGAGAAGGAGAAGAUUUAUCCCUUGAGACAGCGACCAUCAGCCCAAUCCUGGGCACUUGUGCCCACAAGCAUCUGCAGCACAGCUCUUCCCUCAGCAACACAGGCAGCAGUGGGGUGGUGGGUCACCCCAAAGAGGGCUUGGAGCCUGUGGGGCUGAGGGGUGCCCUCAUGGAGUGUCAUCACCUUUGGGACACUCACUGUGGCACACAGGGGACUGUCAUGAGGAGCAAGCUGAGGCCACUGUGCUUUACCUCCACCCCCAAGGCUGGCUCUGGAUGCCCACAGUGAGGACUGGGGGAGCUGGGAGAGGGGACGAACUGGUCUGGGUUGCUGGAGUGACCCUGUCAACUGCUGCAUUGCCACCUUGGAUCAGCACUGGGGUGAUCUCCUCGGUGAUAGGGUGCAGCAAGAGGCUGUGGGAUGUUAAUGCUGGCCAUGAAGACUGUCCCCAUAGUGCCCCUGCUGCUGGGCAGAUGUGGUCCUCCAUUGCUAGGACAUCACCUUCCCACCUGGUGCAUCUUCUACUUGAAGUUUUGGAGAUUCAAAGGUCUUGAAAAGCCUUAAAAGCCUGGGUUUAGGUAUUAAACUUAUUUAUGUAAGCCCUGCUAGGUAGCUGGAGCAUGCUGCCUUUAAUGUAUUUGUGGCAGUGCCUUGAAGCAUGUCCUUUAACAAGUGCCUAUACAAGCUGCUGGCCUGUCCCAGUGUGGAGAUCUGGCUGCUGUCUCCAGGGUCUUCAAUACUGGCCAAAACAGGAGUCUUCUCAGGACAAAUAAGUGCUUAAACCAGAAAAAUGAUGACUUU